AAUCCUGAAGGGGAAAAUAUUUAUCAGAUAUUUAACAAAAAUACUACGUUUGAAAACCAAAUCUUAAAGCACAGAUUGUUUUUUUAAUGCGAGAACAACAACAGACCUGCUUUUUAAUGCAGAGACAGAUUUUGUUCCCACCAACCUCUGAUAAAACAACCAAAAAGCGACUGUACAUUUAACAAGUUUCUGCUUUUUAAUGAGUGAAACAUGAUCUUCAGACUGACUGCUGCUGUUUCCGUCCUGAUCAUCACAAGCCACAUGGUUGGAUCAACUCAUCCAGACUGUUUAAUUGUUCUUCAUCUACAAAACAAAGAAAAAGAGUGUGAACUAAAGAUCAAAACCACCGCUGCCGCAUCGCUACAGUCAAACAGUAAUGUAACUGCAGGUUGUGUGAUGGAGUGGGAUGGAGUGAGUUGUUGGCCAGCUGCCUCUGAAGGAGAGGUCGUUUCCGUCCACUGUCCUCUGCUGCUGCUGAAGCCUGAAACUCCUCCAGUUCUCAUCACACGGAGCUGUACAGUCCGAGGAUGGAGUCAGCCCAGCCUGCCAUAUUACAAAGCCUGUUACUAUGAAGCUUAUGAGGAAGAUGAAGACAAGGAGGAAGAGCUCCAGAAAAGUUACUUUGACACCCUGAAGUUGAUCUACAGCGUCGGAUACGGAGUUUCCCUGGCUGCUCUGCUCAUCGCUCUUCUGGUUUUCUGUUGCUUCAGGAAGCUGCUCUGCACGCGCAACUACAUCCACCUCAACCUGUUCGUGACCUUCAUACUCAGAAGUCUCGCUGUGUUCAUUAAAGAUUCAGUGUUGUUCGCAGGCAAAAGCACGGACCACUGCACAGUGUCCACACUCCAGUGCAAAGCAGCAGUGACGUUCUUCCACUUCUGUGUUUUGUCAAACUUCUCCUGGCUGCUGGUGGAGGGUCUGUACCUGCAGACUCUGCUGCUCUUCACCUUCACUCAGACCAGGAAGCUCUUUUGGAUCUGCGCCACCGUCGGCUGGGGUAUUUCAUCAGUGACCAUUGUGAUCUGGGCUCUGUUGAAGAAACAGCUUGAUGAUGAGGGGUGUUGGGACAACCUGGAGAGCCGCUUGUGGUGGAUAAUCAAGAUUCCUAUUCUGCUGUCUAUCUUUAUGAACCUUGUGAUCUUCCUGAACAUCAGUAGGAUCAUCGUUCAGAAGACAAAGGCUACACAUGUGAACCAAAGUGAGACACAAGUCUACAGGACACUCGUCCGCUCCACUCUGCUCCUCAUCCCUCUGUUUGGCCUUCACUAUGUCGUGUUUGCACUGAUCCCAGAACACGUUGCCGUCGGGCCUCGACUCUACUUUGAAUUAGUUUUAGGCUCCUUCCAGGGUUUUGUUGUUGCUCUGCUGUACUGCUUUCUAAAUGAAGAGGUCCAAAAAGAAAUCCAGAGGAAGAUGAUAAGUUGGUGGCCGGAGACAAAAAAUAAUGCCAUCAAUCACCCAACACAAGAAUGUGUCCCCUGAAGUCCAAAUGAAGAAACCUAUCACUGAGUCCUUCUUCACGUAGUUUGGUGCUUAUCAUUUGUCUUUAAAUGACACAGACUAGUUUAUCUUCUUGUGUGUGAUGUAGAGUUUUCAAGUUAUAACAGCUGCCGGUGGUGAAAUGGCUUUAGGUUUGUCAGAAUAUCUGAAUGAUGCAUGUUCAUUAAGAAAAAGUGGUGUAUCGCAACUUUACUGCUUUGUUUGUGUGUAAAACUUGUUUCACCUUCUUGUGUUUGGUUUAGGGACCUUGUACAGUUUGUGAACAUUUACAUUUACUCAUUUAGCUGUCGGUUUUAAUCAAAGCGACUUGAAAUUGCUAUGUCAGAGGUCGCACGCCUCUGGAGCAACUAGGGGUUAAGAGUCUUGCUCAGGGACACAAUGGUGGACGUGUCGCAGAGAGAAUCGAACCCUUGUCUCUCACAACAAAGGCAUGUGCCACUGCACCAUCACCACCCUGCACCCUGGAGCACACACUUAUAUAUUGCACUGCUAAAAAUUUGUGAUUGUGAUUUUACACAUCAGGUUUUGAUAAACAAACAAAUUAAAAUGAACAGGCUGAUCAAACUGGCAACUCGUAAUGUGACUAAGAAGUGGGUGAUUGUAUGCACUCCUGUGUCCACUGGGAUCUCCUCCCAGACCUGGAUCAGGGCAUAAGUGAGCUCCUGGACCAUCAGUGGCGCUACAUGAUGUCCCAGAGGUUCCGGCCAAUUCUGGUGUUGCACGGUGCCGGGCUGUGAGCACAGAUCCAACUAGAGGACGUCAGCCCUUGUGCCGCACUCAUCGAGUUUGUUCUGUCAGUAGCCAAACCAGUAGCCUGCUGGAGGUCAUUUUGUGGGGCUCUGGCAGUGCUCCUUCUGUUCCUCCUAGCAAAAAGGAGCAGAUACCGACCCUGCUGUAGGGCUGAUGCCCUUUACGACCCUGUCCAGCUGUAGUCCAGCAAACCUUCUUGCAACAGUACAAUGACUAACUGUAUAAUCUGAAUCGGCUGCAGGUACCGUGCCAACAGGUGAUACUGAUUCACCUAUGCUUCCUAACUGGACGGAUAGAAAUCCCUGAAGUUUAAUUAACUCGAUGUCAUACUGUGAUGAUUAAGUGUUCCUUUUUUUUUUUUAACAGUGUAAUAAGAGAUAAACAGACAGUGUUUCCUCAGAGUAAGAGCUGACAGUGGUGGUCGUUUAAAAUACAUUCAUACAGCUGUAUGUCAUAGGAUGGACAAGUUCAGGGAGUUGCAUACAUCCAGUCAGUGCCAUAUUGUCACAUCAUAUACAGUAUAAACACAUGUCAUAUAAAUUAUUAUAAAACACACAAUGGAUUCACUUUUCAUCUGCAAGAUAAAUGAAUUUCCUCUUUUAA